GGCAAUGGGCAUCGCUGCUUACACCGCUGUGGCAAGGUAGGCUUGUUCCUAUGGCUGCAGUGGUGCAAGCAGGCGGGGCCUAGCCAAGGCCGAGGUAUAAACUCCCCUGCCUCAUCUAGGUCUAGUGGUAGGCCGUACGGGCUCGUCCGAGGGGGGCUGGGGUGGGCAUACUUAGGCUAUUUCUAGGGGGUACCUGGCGGUAGGUAUAAAACGCCCCCCUAAUCCAGGGUGUCAUGCGUCACCGUGCCCAUUGGAUGGUUUGCAGUCAGGGGGUUUUCCGACUGUAUUCUAACGGCGCCUCCCGGAUACCUGUCCGCCUCCGGGAGUAACGGUGGACUUACCUCAGCAUGGGGCUCUGCUGAGGCCGACCGUUUUUCCCCUUACCCAUAUAUUCGGUCGCCGAACGGUUUCGGCUCAGUAGGCGACCAACGAACCAGAAAUAAUGAACUCGAAAAAUGUAGCCCCGGAUCCCUGUACGGGUAAAAAUGCCGCCGACGGACACGGCGUUAAAGUCUGUCUAAAAACGACAUCUUCGGUAGCCGCUGGAGCGGUCCCGAAGGAGCCUAAACGGCUAACAGUACUAAAUGUUGCGCCCGGCGUCAGUAGCAACAAACCCCUGGUGGGUAGUGGUCAACUGGCGUCUGGGUUGCAAGCGGAGCCUGCACGGCCAAUUGACCUCUCGUGCCAGUCGUCCACAUCUCUGGAAGCUGCGAGUACACCCCUUGAGGGCAGCUCCAAAGCGGCGCCGGGAGAAGGCGAUACUGGCACCCGGAAGUCCUGCACGGACAGCACCACCGACCGCAAGCCCCUUGAGGGUAAGAAGUCGGAUCAACGCAAAGGCGUCCCAGGUCCCAGUGGUUCGAGGACCAAAAAAGAAGUCCGACCAGCAGUCAGGGCGAAGAGGGACAGAAGAGCCGCUUCUAGACUACUGAGGAAGUUCGGCAAUGACCCGGUUCCCGAGAGUAUGAGGGAAGUGGUUGAGAGGGCGAGGGGCGUUCUCUCCGAAAGUCGUGAGCGACCUCAGGAAGGAAAUGCCGCCAACAAACCUGCACCCACUCACUCUCGUCCUAGGGAGCUGGGCAGCAAAAGGCAACGGUCAGCAGACAACGUGGAUGCUGCUCCUAAGAGGCCCAAAACCUCUAACGCUAACAGCCCUCUUAACCCUCCAAGGGGUCUGAGGGCUUUCAGUGAUGUGGCCAAGGACCACUUGAUCCUGGCGGUUAUGGAUAGGGGGCACCCGGAAGGAAACCUGACGGCCGACAACUGGAGGUCCGUCCUGGUGGGUCUCUGCCGGGUGUACAAGGAGAUUCUCCGGAAAAAUCCUGGCCCUGCGCCAACUGUCCGCGAUGCUGGUCUCUACCAAGGCCGCAUCAAAUUAGUUUCCUGCGCUGAUGAACGGUCGGCGCGACUUUAUAAGGAAGCAAUUUCUUCUCUUGGGGAACUGUGGCCCAGCGCUGACUUGGUGGCAGUGCACAGGGAUGAAAUCCCUUGUAAGCCGCGAGCCAGAGCCUGGGUCCCAGAGGAACCCUCGAGUCCUGAGGAGAUUCUGGAUAUCAUCCAGGUCUCAAAUGAUGCACUACCAGCCCUUGAUUGGAAAGUAGUGAAGGUCAGCGAGGUUAGGGAGCAGCAACGUUACAUCACCUUGGUGAUAAACGAGGAGUCUCUCCCGAUCCUUGCUGACUGCAAGGGAGUAAUUAGCUACGGCUUUUACUCCAUUACCCUCAAAACCCAAAAAGGGAAUGAGGGUAAAAUGAUAGAGCCGGGGAACACCGAGGGUGAACCCGAGGCUGGCAAUCUUCCGCCUAAAGGCGGCCCUAUAUCUGGAGCAGAAAACGCCUUGAGCGGUCCUGCUUCUAACCAAGAGGUCCAGGAGGUUCUCGAGGCCACUUGCCCGGUGGUGAGGUCAGACUCGGCAGCGGAAACAGAUAGCGAUACGCAAUCUGUUUCUGGUGACGGAUCGGUACUUAACCGGUGGACGAGGGAGUUCGGGAACCUGCUUCUGACGUCGGACUCAGAGGACGCCGAUGAUACCAUCGUUGAGGCGUUCGAUAGAACCCCGCCAGAAGUGAUGGACGGGGACGAUAUUUAUAAGCUGUGGAUGAAGGUUCUACAAAUAAACCUUCAUCACUCUAAAGCAGCUUCUGCAGCUCUGCUCCUGCACCUCAGUGAUAGAGGGGAGGAGCUAGUUUUUGUCCAGGAGCCCUGGGUUGUUAAGCACAGGGUUUGUGGACUUAAUUCUGAUGCUUACCGCAUAGUGUCGGCACCUGUGGCAGUUCAGCGAUGAAGAUACGGUGAGCAUCUCUGUGGAAAGCCAAUCCACAACACUCUGGCUGGUCAGUACAUACAUGGCCUACGAUCGCCAAGACUGCCCUCCCGCUCGGUUACUGGACGUGGUGAAAGAGGCCAACUCGAGGAAGUUUCCCAUAGUCAUAGGAGCCGAUGCAAAUGCGCAUCACGCGGUAUGGGGAUCUACCGACAUCAACCCGAGGGGUGAGUUGUUACUUGAUUUUAUAUUAUUAUAUAAUCUAGCCAUCUGUAAUAUUGGGGAUAAACCCACUUUUGUAACCUCAAAUAGGAAGGAGGUAUUAGAUAUUACCUUAUCGUCUAGCGCUUUCUUUGAGAGUAUUAGGGAGUGGAAGGUACUGAGCGACCAUUCAUUCUCUGAUCACAUGUAUCUCUCAUUUGUAAUCUCCUUUGAACUUCCGGCCUCGGCCGCUUACAGAAACAAGAGACGUACUGACUGGACUAAGUUUAGGAAAGUACUCUCGGGGAAUUUGCUCAACAAGGCUUCUCUCAGUAAGCUAGGCUUACUGUCCCCACCUGAUGAAGCGGAGCUUUCUCUCGCAAACCUUGCUUCUCUCGGUGAGUUAGGCUCAUCGGAACAAAUUGAAGAAGCCGUUGAUUGCAUUACCGAAGCCUGUAAUUCGGCCUUAUCUGCUUCCUGCCCACUUGUACUUCCGAGAGGAAAGAAGAAGCCACACUGGUGGAGCAAAGAAAUCGCCUCUCUAAGGAAGGAAAGCAGGAUACUCUUUAAUGCGGCAAAGCGCGAUGGUUCUUGGGCUGCAUAUAAGGCAGCCCUGAAGAAAUUUAAAAAUGCCACCAGGAAAGCCCAAAGGGACUCCUGGAAGGAU